ACGGGUUUGCCUUUCCGGUGUCCUUCCCUCCCCCAUUCCUUCACGGGAAGAUUUCAUUGGUCACCAAUUAGGAACUCUCGCGAGAGAUCGUUGAGCGGGAGGGGGCGGGCGGCCUAUCUUCCCUCCUUUGCGGCCUCCGCCUCCUUCUCCUCAGGCGCUUCUGCCGCCACCUCUCUCCCCCUCCCCCUUCCCCGACCCCCUCCCUCGAAUCGGCCGUGGAGUAGGGGCCGUCGCCGAGACCGCGCAGCCAAGGAGGCGGGAUCCUCACGAAAUAGUUCAGAAUGAGUUAUGCAGAAAAACCAGAUGAAAUCACUAAAGAUGAAUGGAUGGAAAAACUCAAUAACUUACAUAUACAGAGAGCUGAUAUGAACCGCCUCAUUAUGAACUAUCUUGUUACAGAGGGGUUUAAAGAAGCUGCAGAAAAGUUUCGGAUGGAAUCUGGAAUUGAACCCAGUGUUGAUCUAGAAACACUUGAUGAACGAAUCAAAAUCCGUGAGAUGAUACUGAAAGGUCAGAUUCAGGAAGCUAUUGCAUUGAUAAAUAGUCUACAUCCAGAGCUCUUAGACACAAAUCGGUAUCUUUAUUUUCAUUUACAGCAACAGCAUUUGAUUGAAUUGAUUCGGCAGCGUGAAACAGAAGCAGCAUUGGAAUUUGCACAGACACAGUUGGCAGAACAAGGAGAAGAAAGUAGAGAAUGCCUGACAGAAAUGGAACGCACUUUGGCUUUGCUUGCCUUUGAUAAUCCUGAAGAAUCACCCUUUGGAGAUUUGCUUAAUAUGAUGCAACGGCAAAAGGUGUGGAGUGAAGUUAAUCAAGCUGUCCUAGACUAUGAAAAUCGUGAAUCAACACCUAAGUUGGCAAAAUUACUGAAGCUACUACUAUGGGCUCAGAAUGAGCUGGACCAGAAGAAAGUAAAAUAUCCCAAAAUGACAGACCUCAGCAAGGGGACAAUUGAGGAACCCAAGUAAAACAUGUGCAGAAGGACAGCAAGCAACUUUACUACUGCACAUUAUUCUUCAUUUAUAUCAGUCUGUGACUGAAAGAUUUUUACUACAGUACGGGACUUUAUUUUAUUUUAUUAUUAUUUUUUUUUUUUUUGAGCAAACAUCUUAAAAGGGAGAAAUGAUCCUUUUAAAUGCUGGAAAAAAAUGUUGCAUUGAAAGGCACUGUAUCUCUUUGAAAGUCUGCUUUAGGCUAUGCACUAUGAUACAUUUUUUAAGAAUUAGAUAAUUGCAUUUUGCAUUUUAACAUCCCAGUGCUUUUCUGAUUGGCCACUGAAGGAUUCUAGUUUAGUAGCCAUUCAUGCGCUGCAUUAGUAAAGAAUAUCAGUUCAACUGAAUGCCUCACACUUAAAUAUUUGUAGAGUACUGAUUAUUUGCUUUAUGUUAAGUUAUAGUAGCCAAAUAACGCAUUUUCUCAGCACAAAGUUUUGUCAAGUUUUCAUCAAGCAUUUUUCUUCUGGGUCCUCCCUCUUCCCCCCCCCCCCCCUUUUUUUUUUUUUUUUUUUUUGCAUAGGAAAAAAGUGUAUAUAUAAACUUGUAAAUUGUAAUUCAAAGACUUCAUUUGUGAGGGUGUUGUGUUUGAUUUCUCUUUGGUAUUUUUUGGGAGUUGUAUGGUUUCUAGGGGAGUGUGUAUGAGGGUAGGGGUUGUAUGUUUUAAUUUUAUAUAUAUAUAUACACACACAUACAAACAUUAUAUAUAUAUAUUUUGGUGUUUUAUAUGGUGAGAGACUUAUUCACAAUGGAUCAAUGAACCAUCUUUUUUGCAGACAGUCUUGCUGAAAAUAAAGGUUUCUUUUUGAUUUCAAGAAUGACCAAAAUGGCUUCUAAAGAGAGAUGACUUAAUCUCUUUAAUAACAGUUUUGUCACAGUGGGAUUUUUGUAGUGACACCAAUAGUGUUAACUGCAGCCUUAAAAAUGACCUUAUCUGUCUCUUCUUUACAUAUGCUUUGGGAAUCCUCUUGUGGGGAUGGUGAUAGUCCUUGUGCUGGUGGUGAAUAUUUUUAAACAUUUUGUGUUUUUAUGAAAAUGGUACGAGGCUUUUUAGGAAAUUCAUUUGUUUUGAAACUUUCCUAAACUAAUGAUUAGUAUCUAGGGAACUGUUGUACUACAGAGUUUUGCAGAGUAUCACUCUUCUUUGAUCGAUUCCAGAGUUCCCAUUCUUAUUCAUUUAUAGAAUUGCAGUCUUUUAGAAGUUCAUAAUGGCUCAGUUUCACAGCAUUCUGUGUGUGAAUAAUUUCUAUAUGCAAAAUUACAUGAGUUAGCUAAUUGUGACAUAAAUAUGUUUGAAUGUGCUUUUGAGCACUGACUUUCCUUAAUUAAUGCUAAUAAUAAACCGCUAAGUAGGCUGCUAAAUAAUCAAAAUGAACUUGAUUAAGAAAGCAGUGGAGAAUAACAUUUACAAUGCACUAGCAUAUAAUGUAAGUCUUCUAUGACUUAAAAGUUUCUUGUAGAUCAGAAUGAUUUAACUUCCAUUUGAAUAUUCAAUGUGGAAAAAAUUUUAUUGGCACUUAAGGUUUAAUAGAAAGUAGUGACCAUUAAUAGUUGCAUUGUAUUCUGAAUCUUGUUUGCCUUAUUUUUUCUUUUAAUUGGAUCAUCUGGUUAACUUAUGAAGAUUUAUAUGUGACAAGUAUUUGUAAUUAAGUAUCCAGUAUUUGCUGUCAUCUACAAUUAAUUGUUUUCUAUUCCACUUGGAUUGUAUUCACUUUGUUUUCCAAGCUGCCAUAUUCUGUUUUUAUAGAGUAGCUAAAUCUGGCAAUGUUUAGUAUUUAGUUAUGUGUAUGUUUUCUGUUAUGUAAUAGCAGAUUGCAAAGAUGAAACAAAUGUAAUUCUUUACCAGUGAUAGUCGAAUUUUUCUCUAGCCUGAAUUUUUACAAGUUGAAUAUCUCUACAUUUUGUUAGUAUGAAGUACCAGGGUGCUUUCUUAUUUUGCACCCUAUAUUUCAGCCAUGGUUGUACAACAGUAGAAUAAAUUCUGCAGUCAGGUGAAGUUCAUUCAUUUCUUAAAUCUUCAUUCACCUGUUUGCAUCAACCUAUACCUGAAAACAUGUUCAUAUUUUUAACAUUGUAUUUCUUUAUUAUAGAAGUAUUUCAUUUGAGGAUUUUGGACCCAGAUAAAAUUAGGAUGCAAAGGUAAUUUUAAUCUCCAAAUGAGAAUGUCAGAAGCAGGAAGAAAUAGGAUACGAGUAAAGAUAAAGACUGAAUAGUCUUUAAGCACGCACCAAGAUAGUUAAGUAUAGUCCUUAGGCCUCUUUUAUUAUUAGUGUAUAUAAGAUAGCUUAUGUAUAUAAAUAAUAGAAUAUAUAUAAUCAAUUUGAAAUAUGCUUAAAUAGUAGGGGCUAUGAAAUGUAUAUAUAUACACAGGAAAUAUCCAUGACAUUAGUACAUGAACAGAUUUUAUCAUAUGCAUGGAGUGUCUUCAGUAGGUGUUUUAUGGACAAAUUGUUGGGAUUUUGUGAUCCCAUUUAAUGAGUUAUGUUAAAAAUUCAUUGAUUUGUAGAUUUUAGUAAAAAUUGGAAACCUGUUCUACUCUUACUUUUAAAAUAUUUAAAAAACUAUUUUCUCAUGAUAUAUAAUCAUUCACGAAUUGGAAGCAUCCUUCUGAAUUAAUCAUAAACUAAUAGUUCACAUUUAUAGAGUAUUUGCCUCUUUAUGAUCAUCUUAGUAUUUUCAUAGUACAAACAAUUUAAAUUUGGCAUCAAAUUACUUUUGAAAUAUAUUAGUUUUUCUGAAAAAUUCUAUAUUUGGAUCUCACUUCUGAUUAGAAAAUAUAGCAGUGUUUUUUACAAUUAAUUUAUUUUGGCUUUUUAUGCUUUCUUGUAGAAAGUGCCUUUGAAGUUAAAGUUCCUAAGUGUUAUAGGGCUUGUUAUAUUUCUGAUAUUGCGGAAUUAUAAGAGAAAUCUUUAUUCUUCCUUUCCCUACUUUAAAAUCCUUUGAAGCUAGAUUAGUAAAACAUUAUUGCAUUUGAAUGACAUGGUUUCCAGUUUAAAAAAAAAAUAUAUAUCCAAAAUAGUGCUAGCAGAUUUUGUCCCCUCUUGUAAAUUUAUAAAAUACCAGUGAAAAAGAAAUACAAAGAGCCUAGGAAUGAGAAUUCAUUUUAAGCCUUUAAGAGGCAAAUUUCAUUUAUAUUCUUUUCCUUGAGAAUUUAUGAUCUUUGUAAAUACAAAACAGCACCUGAAAGCCUCUAGGUAAAAUUGUGGUGUCUUUAUUUUACUAUGACAUCUAUAAGCUGUUCAUUUUUGGGAAGCUGAGGGAAUUAAUUGUUUUAUUAAAGUUCUGUGUUAAUUAUCUUAUUGCACAAAGGUUAGGGUAUCCCUGCUGGGUUGUCAUUAUCAAGUCUUAGUACAGACAGAAGUCUAAAUUAAAAGAGCAAAGAAUUGGGUUGUUUACUGGGCAUUUAUUUAUCUUUAAGACAACUGAGCUUAGUUAACAACUGAUGGGGCUUGAAUAUUUAGGUGAAACUUAAUGUAGCAAAGUAGACUGUUUAGCAGUGUGUCAGCCUUGAUAAAAGUCCAAAAUCAGUUGUUGCUUUGUUGAAUUAUUUAUUUUGCUAAAUACCCCAUGUGGAUUAAUGUCAUUGACAUAACUGCUGUAAUUAAUGUUUAGAAAUACAUAUUGUUAAACUAAUAAUGUAAACCAUAUAAAUUUUAUAUUCUAAGAUUAUAAUUUGCUCUAGUGGUUUGUUUCAGCAGUUUUUAUUUUAUUUUUUUCAUCAUCUUGGAAAGCGUUUCAUUUCCUUUAUUCCUACUUCUAAUUUGAUAGACGAGUACAUCUUUGUUGCAAUAAUCAUUUAGAUAUGGUUUUUGGUUCUGUAAAAGCAGUUUUGCUAACAGUAAAAAGAAAUUAUACUUUUUAAAAUUAAAAUGAUAGGGUUUAAAGAGUAGAAGGAAGAUGUCUUCAAAUUUAGGCUUUGUAUGAGGAAAAAUUGACAAACAGUACACUAUCCAAAAGUGGAAGUAGUGUUUUACCAUCACUUGAAGUAAUUAAGGAAAGACUGGCUAGCCAUUUUGGGAUAUGUUGUAGAAGGGACUAUGUUUUUAGACUGCAAAGUCAUUGAGAUCCUUUCCAACUUAGAAAAUGGAUGCUGUUUAGUAGCAUUUAUCUUGUGGUCUCAUCCUCUUUUUCUUUUUUAAAUCUUUGUACCUAUUUUAAUGGAACAUGGUCUUUUGUUAUCCUAUCAUUCUUUUAAAAAAAUUAACAAUAGCAUAAAAGGCAGAAUUUACUGAACUCGGAUAAUUUUAUAAUUGCUUUUUUAAAACCACCAAAUCUGCCAGAUAACAAGGAUAUUUUGAACAUGAUUGUUGCACCUACAUAGCAUAUUCUUUGUUUCUUUAUAAGGGACUGUGUUUUUAGACUGCAAAGUCAUUGAGAUCCUUUCCAACUUAGAAAAUGGAUGCUGUUUAGUAGCAUUUAUCUUGUGGUCUCAUCCUCUUUUUCUUUUUUAAAUCUUUGUACCUAUUUUAAUGGAGCAUGGUCUUUUGUUAUCCUAUCAUUCUUUAAAAAAAAAAUUAACAAUACCAUAAAAGGCAGAAUUUACUGAACUCGGAUAGUUUUAUAAUUGCUUUUUUAAAACCACCAAAUCUGCCAGAUAACAGGAUAUUUUGAACAUAAUUGUUGCACUUAGAUAGCAUAUUCUUUGUGUUUCUUUAUAAAUGUUACUGGUUACCUUAAAUGUUAGGAUUACUUUCAUUUAUGGAGAGAUUAGAUACUUGUAAUCUCUGUACUUCCACAGAGGGGAAAACCAUGUUCAAAUAAUGGGCAAGUUAAGAACCUUUAAGGACAGUUGUACAUCUGAAAAUUUUGUAAAGUGCUAUUUACUAUUGGGAUUAAUGUCCUUUUUAAAAAAAUUUCAUCCUAUUGAAGAUAAGUAAAAAUAUGCAGAUUACAAAAUAAAACAGGUUUGUUUUUAAAGAAGACUUGGUACAGUGUAAAGGAAAAUUAGGGAUUCUUUAUCAGUAAUCUGUAGGAAUUAGCAUUUAAAAUGUGUCCUUUUGAUUGAUUUUGAGCCUUUACUUUUCAAUUCUAGUCUUUAUUUUUACCUGUUAAGUAUUUCUUAAAGGCAGUUAACAAACUUUUUAUGAUUGUUCCAGAAAAAAAAAGUCAGAUGUUUGUUAAAACAACAAAUCUGCAUUUAAAUGGAAUAAAGAAUUCUGUUUUUGAA